UUUAUCUAUUUUACAAAAAUCCCUCCUUAAGUUCGUUAUAGUUAAUCGCUAAAUCAUAAUGUACAGAUAACCGAGACAAUUUCAGUCAUCAACCUCUCUCACUUUAAGAUUCCCAUUGAUUAUUCUUCAGGGUAGUUGAAUGUUUGAUAUCCUGUAAAGAUGGAACCAGAGAGUGCAAUAUCAGAAGCAUCUGUUGUACGAAAUGCCGAUUCUCACUCAAGCACGUCCGGAACUAAGGGAAAUAAAAAUGAAGUCACUAAAAGGAAAAUAUCUUUAAAGAGGGAGGCAAGUAAUGCGCCUAAAAAUGUCAGGGCCAAGAAGAAAAAAAGGAACACUGUCAGAGGGCCUCCAAGACCUAACUACACUGUUCAAGAGGGAGAGGACAUGCUAUUGAUUAUAUCGAACACCAGUUCGUUUGACAAUGUCUUCAGUCCAAAGAGACGAGUAAAAAAAAAAAAAUUGGCAGUAGGAAAAGCUAAAGUCAGUAAGCGGAAAAAGACAAAUGUUUGUCCCAAGCGUGGUCCAAAAAAGACACCACCGAUCAAAAAGGUGGAACGGGAAGUUGCUCCUUAUUCCUCAGAGGAGAGUUCUGGAAGUUGGGGUCACAGCCUGCCUGUGGAGGUACUGGUCAACAUUUUCCAAAUGUUGGUUAGCGAAAAUGGAGCCGUACCUUUUCUAUGCAGAAUGGCCAAGGUCUGCAACCUAUGGAAUGCUGCUGCCAGCACACCAGCUUUGUGGCGCACUGUAUCACUUGGGUACUGCUGGAUCGAACCAGGCAAGACCCAGCUACCCAAAACAGAACUGAAGAUCAGGAACACCAUCAGCUGGCUUGCACAGAACAGGUUCUCUCAAGUUAGAGACUUUUCUCUGUGUCACUGGAAAAAGCAAGUGGACCAUGUUUUAGAGGUGGUGUCUCAAUCCUGCCCUCAUCUAAGGUCACUCAAGCUGUCGUACUGUGCGGGAGCGACUACCAAGGCCUUCAGCAGCCUUGGGGACCACUGCCGCGCUCUAAAGAGCAUCAACGUGCAGUAUUCAGAGUUUGACAUGGCAGGGCUUGUGUCCCUCCUGGAAUCCCAUGGCAGUCAAAUCCAACAGAUGCUGUUCACUCACGGACCUAAAAACGACAAACUUCUCUCUGCUAUCUCAAAAGGUUGCUGUCCUGAAUUGGAACUACUUGAAAUAAACACAAAACUGGAUAGUGGAUAUUGUCAGCUCCCUAUAAGCAUCCAAGCUCUACAAAUGGGUUGUCCUAAAUUAAAGACGUUCCGCAUGCUGAACGUCACGCCCCUGUAUAAGACAGUACGCAGCGGGUCAGAAUGCCUGCUGGGUUUUCCCAUGCUGGAGGAAUUAUGUAUCGCCACCGCAUCUUUUUCUGUCAUGAAGGACCAGGAUCUGACAAACAUCCUCUAUGGGUCCACCAAGCUGCGUGUCCUCGACCUGCGGGGUUGCUAUGGAAUCACUACGGCCGGCUUGGCUGCCCUUCCUUGCGAAAAGCUUGAGUGUCUAUACUGGGGACUGUACAAAGUGUCUCUGUCGUCAUCCAAAAAGGACCUUCACCUACUCACCCAGAAAUGGAGCUGCACACUGCAGGAGAUGGACCUCACUAAUCACCUCUUCUCCGAGAGCGACAUGGAGAUCACCAUGGGCCAACUAGCUCAGGGACCAGGAGCCGACUCCUUGCAUUCCCUUAACCUUACUGGAACCAAGAUCACAGUACCAGCCCUCAGGUUGAUUAUAAGCCAGGCAACAGCUCUAAACUAUCUGAACUUGUCCUCCUGCCGGAACAUUCCGAGGGGUCUCAAAAGAGUGUACUGGGGCCAGGAAGACAUUCACCAGCUGCUUGAGAAAUUAGAAUAAUAUAUUAGUUAUGUGGUACAGGAUAUUGACAAGAGACUCAAAAUAUGCUGAGGUUAGAGAGCAACCACUGUUUCAGAGUGUUUUCAGGAUAUUGAAAACUUGAUGCCAAUGUUUUUUUUUUUUUUUUUUAUAUGUUGUGACCUGCACCCCUCUUAAUACAAAUUUUUCUUUCAUCAUGUUUUUAUAAAAUGUAUAUACUUGUAAUUUCACAUUCCUUUGUGAAAGAUAUUUAUGUGUGUCAUUGUCUAAGUGAUUAAAUGUUUGCACAGUUAGUCAUAUAUAAAUAUACAUGAUUCAGA